AUGACACCAGCCGCUUCCUUCACGGUACCGCCGCCGCGAGCGUCGUUGAUUGCCUUGCUCAAGGCCAUCUCCGUCGGCAAGUCAGAACACGGCGAGCUAGAACACAACCGAGAUUACGACCGAGACGCGGAUCGCCAGUUGUUCGCGACGGGUCUGCCACGACUGGACGCGGCGCUCGGGGGCGGUUUGGCGAGUGGGUUGCUUCACGACGUGCAUGGCGCCGCGGGACUGGGCAAAACGCAGCUGGCCUUCGCCGUUCUGGGCGAAACGCUCCUGCGCCACCCGACGGCCCUUUGCGUCUGGCUGCACACGGAGGGCACUUGCGCCAUCGAACGUCUACACCAAAUGCUCCAAAGCAAAAUCUCAGGUCGUGGGUUGGCAGAGGAAGGUCGGGAGGCGGAAGGGGCCCGACGGCUCCUACACAGGGUGUUUGUAAAGCAAAUCAGGGACCCCGAAGAGUUGAUUAAACAGGUCCAGCAAAUGGAACAGCUGGACUGCUCAGUAGUCGUCAUCGACUCCGUGGCGCAACUGUUCCGCUACAACGACCGACCGGGCAACCUCCCGCCGGGCAACGUCCGAUCCGGCCACGUCUCAUCGGACCGCGUCCGACCGGGCUACGCACCUAGUGUACGACGUCCCCGACUCGAACCAAGGUUAGAACCGCAGCGACUGCGUGCUUUAUCGCCGGAGCCGGCGGCCGGAGACCGGGGCCGGAGACCUGGCGGCCGGUGCCCUGGCUGCCGGAGACCCGGCGGCCGGAAGCCUGGCAAGGACUCGGGUCUCACCAAAGACGUUUUACCGGCGGCGUAG